AUGAGUGUAGAGGCGUACGGGCCGAGCUCGCAGACUCUCACCUUCCUGGACACGGAGGAAGCAGAGCUGCUUGGAGCCGAUACCCAGGGCUCGGAGUUCGAGUUCACCGACUUCACUCUGCCGAGUCAGACUCAGACGCAAGGCCAAACGCAGAGCCAGUUGGACAACCAGGUGAACGGACCAGACGGAGUAUCGCAGAACGGCGAAGAUGCUGUUGUGAAAACCAGUCAACUUCUGGCUGAGCUGAAUUUUGAAGAAGAUGAGGAGGACACCUAUUACACCAAGGAUCUUCCUGUGCAUGCAUGCAGUUAUUGUGGCAUCCAUGAUCCUGCUUGUGUAGUGUAUUGCAACACCAGCAAGAAAUGGUUCUGCAAUGGUCGUGGCAACACCUCUGGCAGCCAUAUUGUCAAUCACUUGGUGAGGGCCAAAUGUAAGGAGGUGACCCUGCAUAAAGAUGGCCCAUUGGGGGAGACUGUUUUGGAAUGCUACAACUGUGGCUGUCGUAAUGUCUUCCUCUUGGGCUUCAUCCCAGCCAAGGCUGAUUCUGUUGUGGUGCUCCUGUGCAGGCAGCCAUGUGCCAGUCAGAGCAGUCUGAAGGACAUUAACUGGGACAGCUCACAGUGGCAACCUCUGAUCCAGGAUCGCUGCUUUCUGUCCUGGCUGGUAAAGAUCCCGUCUGAACAGGAGCAGCUGAGGGCGCGUCAGAUCACUGCUCAGCAGAUCAACAAACUGGAGGAGCUGUGGAAGGAAAAUCCUACAGCGACACUUGAGGAUUUGGAAAAGCCUGGUGUGGACGAGGAGCCUCAGCAUGUGCUGCUUCGCUAUGAGGAUGCCUACCAGUACCAGAACAUCUUCGGCCCACUUGUAAAACUGGAGGCAGACUAUGAUAAGAAGCUCAAAGAGUCCCAGACCCAAGACAAUAUAACUGUCAGGUGGGACUUGGGACUGAAUAAAAAGAGGAUUGCUUAUUUCACACUUCCCAAGACGGAUUCAGGUGAUAUGCGUCUGAUGCAAGGGGAUGAGAUCUGCCUGCGUUAUAAGGGAGACAUGGCUCCUCUCUGGAAGGGAAUUGGACACGUCAUCAAGGUCCCUGACAACUAUGGUGAUGAGAUUGCUAUUGAACUGAGGAGUAGUGCUGGAGCUCCUGUGGAGGUGCCUCACAACUUCCAGGUGGACUUUGUGUGGAAAUCCACUUCCUUUGACCGCAUGCAGAGUGCCCUGAAAACAUUUGCAGUGGAUGAAACCUCAGUAUCUGGCUACAUCUACCACAAGCUACUUGGCCAUGAGGUGGAGGAUGUGAUCAUUAAAUGCCAGCUACCAAAGCGCUUCACUGCCCAAGGCCUGCCUGACCUCAACCACUCACAGGUAUAUGCUGUGAAGACUGUGCUGCAGCGUCCUCUCAGUCUGAUUCAGGGCCCUCCAGGUACUGGCAAGACGGUCACCUCAGCAACCAUUGUUUACCACCUGGCCAGACAGGGCAACGGGCCAGUGCUGGUGUGUGCUCCCAGUAACAUUGCUGUGGACCAGCUGACAGAGAAGAUUCACCAGACCGGGCUGAAGGUAGUGCGUCUGUGUGCUAAGAGUCGUGAGGCUAUUGAUUCUCCCGUGUCCUUCCUCGCCCUGCACAACCAGAUCCGCAACAUGGACAGUAUGCCAGAGCUGCAGAAGCUACAGCAGCUGAAGGAUGAGACUGGAGAGCUGUCCUCCUCAGAUGAGAAACGCUACAGAGCCCUUAAACGCACAGCAGAAAGAGAGCUGCUUAUGAAUGCAGAUGUGAUCUGCUGUACUUGUGUGGGUGCAGGUGAUCCUCGCCUGGCUAAGAUGCAGUUCCGCUCCAUUCUGAUAGACGAGAGCACCCAGGCCACUGAGCCAGAGUGCAUGGUACCUGUAGUGCUGGGAGCCAAGCAGCUGAUCCUGGUGGGUGACCACUGUCAGUUGGGCCCAGUGGUGAUGUGUAAAAAGGCAGCUAAAGCAGGAUUGUCUCAGUCCCUGUUUGAGAGGUUGGUGGUGCUGGGCAUCAGACCCAUCCGUCUCCAGGUGCAGUACCGUAUGCACCCUGCACUCAGCGCCUUUCCCUCCAACAUCUUCUAUGAAGGAUCCCUCCAAAAUGGAGUCACUGCCGCUGACCGCCUCAAGAAAGGCUUUGAUUUCCAGUGGCCUCAGCCAGAUAAGCCCAUGUUCUUCUAUGUGACGCAGGGCCAGGAGGAAAUCGCUAGCUCAGGCACCUCCUACCUCAACAGGACCGAGGCUGCUAAUGUGGAGAAGAUCACCACUCGCCUACUGAAGGCUGGAGCCAAACCUGACCAAAUCGGUAUCAUCACGCCGUACGAGGGACAACGUUCCUAUCUGGUGCAAUACAUGCAGUUUAGUGGCUCUCUGCACACAAAGCUGUACCAGGAGGUGGAGAUAGCUAGCGUGGAUGCCUUCCAGGGCCGAGAGAAGGACUUCAUCAUUCUGUCCUGUGUCAGGGCCAACGAGCACCAGGGCAUCGGCUUCCUCAAUGACCCGCGUAGGCUCAACGUGGCCCUCACCAGGGCGAGGUAUGGUGUAAUCAUUGUGGGGAAUCCUAAAGCUCUGUCCAAGCAGCCGCUGUGGAACCACCUGCUGAACUACUACAAGGAGCAAAAGGUUCUGGUGGAGGGACCUCUCAACAAUCUGAGAGAGAGUCUUAUGCAGUUCAGCAAACCUCGGAAGCUUGUCAACACUAUUAACCCUGGAGCUCGGUUCAUGAGCACUGCGAUGUAUGAUGCCAGAGAGGCCAUGAUACCUGGAUCAGUGUACGAUCGCAGCAGCACUGGACGUCCGUCAAAUAUGUACUUCCAGACUCACGACCAGAUUGGAAUGAUUGGGGCAGGGCCAAACCCCAUGGCCUCAAUGAACAUCCCUAUUCCCUUCAACCUGGUUAUGCCCCCCAUGCCCCCGCCAGGCUACCUGGGUCAGGUUAACGGCCCUGCUGCUGGCCGUGGAGCUCCGAAGGGUAAGACGGGUGGACGUGGGGGUCGUCAAAGGAACCGUGGCGUGGGUAACCAUGGCAGUGGGCAGGCCAACAUGGCCAGCAGCCAGGCCAGCCAGGACCUGGUGUCUCAGCCCUUCUCCCAGGGCCCCCUAACCCAGGGGUAUAUCACUAUGAGCCAGCCCUCACAGAUGAGCCAGCCAGGCCUGUCCCAGCCUGAACUCUCUCAGGACAGUUACCUGGGUGAUGAGUUCAAGUCGCAGAUGGACGUGGCAUUGUCCCAGGAUUCCACAUACCAGGGUGAACGGGCAUACCAACACGGAGGAGUGACCGGACUCUCUCAGUACUAGAGUGUUGUUGGAACGGGAGCUAGGCCUAUGCUGAGCUUAGUUCAUCAGCAUUUUAAAUCUGGGUAAAUAUUAAAAAAGAACAAACAUGGAUGCCCGUUUUCCACUGUUACAACUGAAGCACCAUGGUGUGAGAGCAACAGGAGAGAAUCAAACCAAUCACAUGAGUGAAAAAAGAGGGAGAAAAGCAGGACAGGAAGAGAGAACGAGAGAGAGAGUGGAGGGGGAAAUCACCUCACCACUCACUAAGGCUGGGGAAGGAGGAGAGAGGAGGAGACGCAGCGUAGGAGGAGACGAUGUGGGAGAGAAAACAAACGAGAUCUUCGAUCUGCAACUCCGCAAAGUCGAGGCGCCUCCUGGGGAGCAGGGGGGCCCCUCCCCUGCCUCCUCUCUCUCGCUGCCAGGCUGCAGCUGGCGGCCGCAGACCUCGCUCUGCCACCCGAGACGGAGAGAAGACGAAGUUCUCUUAUAAAACUACCUGCAAAAAAUACCAAGCUUGCUCUGUCGUCUCCACAAGCUGAAAGAGGGGGUGACGUCUUUCAAAAAAAGAAAAAUAUAUAUUAAAAAAAACGCUUUCAAGCAGCUGAUUCUGGGAAAAUUUUCCCUUCAAAGUUGAGAUCUGACAUUCAGGUACUGCCACCGGACAUCUUGAGAAUGGGGAAAAAUCAACGGAGGAUGCUUGUGUUAUUUAUUUUUGUUUUUUUGUUUUGUUUUGUUUUUUUUUGUUUUUUGUUUUUUUUUCUUUUUGUUGGUGGUGGUUUCAUCUCUGAAAACGGUGCCAGGAGUCACUAAAGAAGGAUUCAGCUCAACUUUGAGGAAAGUUUUCUGCCUGAAGUCUGUGGAGUAGAGGUUCAGGAAUGAGAGCCUGUGAGAGAUGUCACUUGCUCUCUGCUGUGAGACUCUGCUCUGGGUGAUUCACAAACAGAAAAAAGGAAAGAGGGGGGAGUCUUUUAAAAAGGGGCUUUGGGAAUUC